ACCUAUUUAUGACACUGUGAAAAUAAGAAAAGUUAGGAAGUGGUUUGGCGGAAAUGUAGUUGGUUUCUACUGUCGGGUACUUAUAUGCGCGCGAAAGAAAGUUGGAUAUCAACGGAGCUCAGUAGCAGACAUCCUGUGGUACAAUUUGAGAAUUAGCUCCAAAUCCCUGCUUCGACAAAUUUAUCCGAGGCGAUCCGAAUUGGAACGUAGAAGUUUCGGCGCUUGUGCAAAAAUGGCUAACGAUUUUGCGUCUAUGAUUACCUAUGGCGCGCUGAAGCAAAUGCGAAACGAGAACGACGGUUUGAAACCGAUAGUACAGGUUAUGGAACUAAAACCAGUAAAGGAAAAUAGAUUGCGUGCAUACCUGUGGGACGGUGUUGAAGACUUCAACUAUGGUAUGAUCUCAUCACAAGCCGUUCCGCAUGUGGAGGAUAAGCUAAAACCAUUUUGCCUCAUUCGCGUAAACAACUACAGCGUCACGAACACAAAUAACAGGUCAAUUAUAAUCAUUAUGAGCUGUGACGUUGUGGCAGAAGCUGCUGACGUCAAGGCAAAGGUGAUCUUCACGGAAAAUCAACGUAAAGCUUUUACAGAGAAGGGAAACAUUAGCCAGGAAGUUGGAAACAGCGUAUCAAAUAUAAAGACACCGACAAAGCCAAACCGGCCACUCGGCAUGACCAACGGAACCCCGCGCACGCCCUUCAGUACUGCUACAAUGCCGAUUUCGUCCCUCAAUCCGUACCAGAGCCGCGUCACUAUCCGCGGUCGCGUGUCAAGUAAGAGCGAUAUCAAAACCUGGUCGAAAGCAUCCGGCCAGGGGAAACUGUUUACAUUUGAAGUCUUCGAUGAUUCCGGUGAAAUACGAGUGACGGCGUUUAACGAGCAAGCGGACAAAUUCUUCGAGUUGAUACAACCAAAGCAGGUGUACUUCAUUUCUGGUUUUCAAUGCAAGGCUGUCAACAAAACUUUCCGCGUGAAUAACAAUGAGUAUGAGCUCACCCUAGGGAAAUUCGCCAACGUUGUACUAUGCACAGAAGAUUGCGGUGACGUACCCGAGCAAACGUACGUUUUCGUGAAGAUUGCUGAAAUCGAAGACUCACCGACAGAUCAGUUAGUUGAUGUUUGCGCAGUUGUGAAGAGCUUCGGAGAGCCGCAGACGUUCAACAGGCGAACAGAUGGAAGGCCCAUAACGAAGCGGGAAGUGAUGAUUGUAGACGAUUCGAAUAAGUCCAUUGCUCUGACUUUAUGGAAUGAUUCGGCUGUCAACUUCCAAGCUGAAAAUAACCCAGUGAUCCUGGUAACGAAGGCUCGAAUCACCGAAUUUAACGGUUCGGUGUCAAUUACAACUGGGCAGACUUCAUCGCUAGAAUUGAACCCGAACCUGGACCGUUCCAAAGAACUACAAUUGUGGUGGCGCGCCGAAGGCUGCAAAAGCGACUUCGAAUCUAUUCGUGGCUCGGGUGCCGGCUUCGACUAUGCACAGGAAUGGAUGGACUUUGAGCUGAUGACCCGUAAGGGUGAAGCUUUCGAUAUCUCUGACAAGCCUAUGUACGUGUGGAAUCGUGCCACCAUCACAAUGUUCAAUAAAGAUAACGCUUUGUACAAGGCUUGUGCAGCUGAUAAUUGCAUGAAAAAGGUGCAGGAUCAAGGCGACGGGCUGUACCUGUGCGAAAAGUGCGGAGGUCAGCCCAGCCGAAACUUCAAAUGGAGAAUGUUGCUUAAGAUCGUAGUGUCAGAUGCUACCAGGCAGUCGUGGGCUACGGCGUUCAAUGAAAAGGCUGAGCAGAUACUCGGCGUGACGGCUGCUACUCUUGGCAAGUACAAUGAGGAUGAUCCGGAAGGUAUGGACAAAAUUUUUGCUGACGCUAUGUUCAAGGGAUUCCAUAUGAAGUUCCGUGGCAAGAUGGAGGUGUUUCAGGAGGAGCGUCGAUUCCAGUUAGCUGUCGUUGAUGCCAAAGAAGUGAGGGUGGUGGACGACUGUAAACAUCUUAUCAAGGAGAUUGAAUCCUUAGGAAAGUUGUUAGAUUAGUUGUAAUGAUGCAGGCAUUCCAUUCUGCAUAGAUGGAAAUACUUUUAAAUUCUAUUCUGUCAAGUGAUUUGCAUAGAUCGGAUCUAGCCAGAUCUAGCUUGAAUCCCAUAAUAUGUUAGUCGUUACACAAAAAAGAACGAGUCGUUUUGAAGGCUCAGCAUAAUCUCACAUAGAUGUCGCAGCACAUGAGAUAAAUCAUGUUUAUGUUCUCUAGAAUAUGCUCACACAGAGCUCGAUUAUUAUGUUAUAUUCAGAUACCUAUAAAUAUAUCCUAUGUAUACACACAUAUGCUUUUAA